AUGUCUAUUUAUAGAUCAGAUCAUGAAAAUGAUUUUUAUAAUGUUGAAGCAUCAACAUCUUAUGAACAUUCUUCAAAUAAUAAAUUUAAACAAUCUAAAAAAACUAAACGUAAAAAUAAAACUAUUCGAGAUAUGAAACAGAGGAGAAAAGCUGAUCUUCAAAAUAUUAAAGAUAGAAGACGUGCUGAUAUUGAUAAUCAAAAGUCUAAACCAAAUAAAUUAAAAGAGGCUUUUAUUGAAUUUAUUGUAGUUUCUUCACUUUUUAUUCAGCCUAUUGCUUUGUAUUAUUUUAAAAGCUUGACUUAUAUUAUUCUUUCAUUAGUAUUUACUUUAUCUUGGGUUUAUUACUAUGAAAAAAGGCGAUAUGUUAUUCUUCUGUUUAUGGUUUUUAUUACUGUUUAUGGUAGUGAAAAGGCAUGUAAUGCUAUAAAAGAAUUGAUUUCAAACCUUUUUAGAGAAGUAAAAAUAUUUUGA